CCCAAACUUUUGCAAGAACAUCGCAAAUAAAUCCUGCCGUCAACAUUCCGUUAGAUUUAAAAGUCGAAAUGAUGAUGCCAAGAAUAUCCCUGAUUUAUUAUGAGCUUAAAUAUUAGGAAAAUAGAUAUUUAAAUAACCAUUUUUUUUCUUUUUCUUUCUUCUUUUUCUGGAGACUUUCCCGAUUUACCCCUUCAUAACUUUCCCUUUUGGUCUAAUCCCUUCGUUCAAAGAAGGAGGCCACUAACAACGGCGGCACCUUCAAACAAGCCCUUUUUGUCUUCUUUGACGUUUAAUUGAACCAAUUAAGGGGACCUUCUAGUUUGGCAUCUGUGACAGUAAGAUCCGACAAUUUGUCUGAACAUACUCGCUAUGAAGGUCUUAGAAUACACUCCACUUAACGAAAUAAAUGAUUUCUUAAGUGAAUUAAAACUUGGUGAGCGUACCAUCAAAGGAAGCCUUGAAGCAUACUCUUGCAAACACACGGGAACAGAUAAAAGACUAUCUCUCAGUUUGGAGAAUGAGAUCCUUGACUAUCUUGGGAAAUCUUCAGAUACUGACUCCUCACCAGUUGAAUUUUUGUUGAGCAGAUCAAGCCGGAAGACAUUGAUCUACUUGGUGCUUACCCUCUAUCACAUGUAUCCAGAUUAUGACUUUAGUGCAGUUAAAGCCCACCAGAGGAAAGCUAGGAUACUUUUAAGCAGAUUUUCGGUACCUACAUGCCUGAAGCGUCAAAGGUAUUGGCAUAAUCAAUCAUUGGUUUGCCUGAAAUUGGCUUUUGGAAGGUUACAAGGCACACUUGUGAGAAAGAAUUUGCAUAUCCUCAAAAAUCAUGACACUUUGGGCCUGUGGUGUGUUGUGUGCAUGUCAUUCCAGAUGCUGGUGGUGGUGGUGAUUCGUAGUAUGGGAGACCAUUCACUUCUGGAAACUGUGUACAAGGCUCUAGAUGAGAAAUACCUGGUUAUACAGGUUGUGAAACUCUCAGAGUGUGAAAUUUACAGUUAUAAUCCAGACUCUGAUGCAGAUCCCUUUCUGGAGAAAGGUGCAAUAUGGUCAUUCAGUUUCUUCUUCUACAAUAGGAAACUAAAGCGUGUAGUGAGUUUUAACUUUUGCUGUUUAAGGUGGGUCUAAGUGUGUUCCGUGAUAUUUGU